GCUCGCUUCCUAGUUUGCUAUCUUCGCCCAAGACACCUGCAGCCUGCCGUCUGACGGCACACGAGAUCCCAAGCCACGCAAAGUCAUCUCUACAUUUGUUGGAUUUGGAAGCAAAGCACAGAGACACCGUUCCGUUGAUAAGGGACCAAAACCUAAACAACAUGGAUCGAAGUCGUACAGUCAGUGGGGGGCACUCUGACAAUGCGCCCUUGAUAAGCUCCGUCGAACCACUCAGCUAUGACAGUGGCGAUGUAGCGAUGCAGCAUAUCGACGACACAUCAUACUCGCCAUCCAAAUCGCCAUCCGACUCACCAUUCCACUCACCAUCCAUGGUCCAAUCUCCAGAGAUCAUGGAGUCCAAGGGCGGAUUCUACGCAAGCGUAGGCAGCCCCAGCUCCACGUUUGACGUUGAAGACGGGACUCAUCACCAUAAACACCACCACCGCGUCAAGCGAUUCGACCACAAAGAGGCGCGGAAAACGCUCCUAAAGACAGGCGCGACGAAACUCCUCGUAACACUGUUCUUCAGCGCAGCAAUGUGUGUUACACUCAAAUGUUGGGAAGGAUGGCGCCGCCCCGUCGUUCUCUCGAAAAUCGAUAUUCGAAUCUUCAACUCGCUCACUCUCGGUCUCUCUCUGUGUCUGGGUCUGAACAUCUUGGCCUCGUUGAAGCAUUAUGCAUCAGUGUUCCGAUGGUCAUUCCUCACCAGACGAUACGUCAGUCUGGAAGUAUUCGACCUGAUCCUACACCUGAGUUCGCUUGCCAAGGUCACAAAGCUGAUGAUCCUCUCUUCACCCGGUUUCCGAGGCAAAAAAUGGCUACGCAAGUUUCGGUGGUUCAAGGACGUGAGAGACGAUGGGACAAAGUGGAUGUGGCUUGCGUGUCUAGCAUGGUUGGCUAUUAACAUCGGCUCUCAGAUCCUAGUUGCACUGCUGAGUCUGUUCUGGCCAAUGGAGAACUCGGAGAUACCACUCUUAUCCUAUGGGAACGUAACUGUAGCCGAUCUGAACGAUUGGUACGUCGACAACCCGCCGCGCGAGAUCGACCCCGACAUCAGUCUCAUCAACGAGACUUCGCUGGAAGCGGCAUGGAUGUACGGCAUGGAAGCCAUGGCAUACCCGAGCUUCAAUCUUACCGGCAACAUCGACGACAUGAUUACUGAUCUAUCCGGCCUACCAGGCACACCCAUCUACAGCGGCAACGGCGCGUGGCAUUACCGCUUCUUCAACCGCGAUCCAGCCCACCAAUGGGUCAACUACCUCGCCAGCUCCCGCAACAUCACCGUCCGCGCAUCAUGUGAGCAACUCGAAGUUAAAGACGGUACAGUGCACGACGUGCCCGACGAAGCCCUCUACAUCAUGGCUCGACACCAAGGCGACGACGACUACGUCAAAUGGGAAGUCACCGAACAAGCCGGCGGCUCUGUAACCUGGAUGGCCUCUGUUCCCGAAAACUGCGGGCCAAGAUGCACAAACUUCACCGUCAUGCAACUCCCCGAGUCAGAUAAGAAGCAUGCGCGUGUGACCACCGCCUCCCUCUUCCUCUGCAACAACACACUCGGUAACGUAACCUCGUCCUACGCCCCCAACGACAUCGUCCCCCGCGACCCCGCCGACUUCGCUGCAGUCUGGGGCUCCGAUACUUUCGCUCGUACAGCUGCUGGCGCCAUGGGCUGGACAGGUAUACCAUGGAACCUAUGGUUUGAUCGCCAAACCCGGUCUUACAGUCAAGGCACCAAAUGGUCCCCUGCGCACAACAUCGCCAAAUCAGAAGUCGAAGAUCUACUCAUGCGCUUUACCAUCGGCGCCGUCGCCGCCUUCGAUGACCACGGCAUCCGAUACAACGUCACGCACCAAACCGUCGUCCCAUCCCAAGGCCAACAACUAGACGUAGACUGGUCCUACAUCUUCAGCAUCCUCGGCGGAAUCUGCUUCAUCCAGUUCCUCGCCCUGUGCCUGCUGGGUCUCUUCGCCAACCGCACGAUUGUUCGCGACGAGAGUUUCUUUAGUAUGGCUAUGCUAUUGAAUCCUGUUGUGAGUCGUAUUGGAGGUGACGCGGCGAUGGUUAUGAGUGGGGAUGAGAUUAAGGAAGCGAGGGCGCUAAGGUUCAAGAAGAUCAAGUAUGAUUAUCAUGAGGGGGGAAAGGGGGAGCCGAAUCGUGUCGCUAUUUUCUUUGAGGGUGAGGAUCGCAGGGAGAGUCGGAAGAGCUGGGCGGCGGGGAGUUAUAGUUAGGGCAUUUCAUGUUUUUUAGAAGUUUGAGAAUGUAAUGGAUACAGACGUA